CAGGAAAUGCCUCUCUUUUGACUUUCCCUCCCAUGUCACUGACUCGAGUAAAAGUUACAGAUACAGUACCGACAUGAACUCAGACAGACCAUCACAGUCAACCGCCGAUGACCAGCUCGACCCUGAAGAUGAGAAGCGGUUGGCGGCGGCCGCCCGAGAGGCAAUCCGUCUAUCUGAGCUUCGUCUCAUCCUGCUGGGCUGGAGAUGGCCAGGUAAGAGCCUGACCGGCAACACCAUCCUGGGACGUGAGGAGUUCCGUUUGGAACGUGCUGCUGAAUUCUGUGUGAAACGUGAAACCGAGGUGGAUCGGCGUAAGGUAACGGUUGUAGACACACCUGGCUGGUUCUCAGCCCAGACCACACCAGGGGAUUACCAACAGGAGAUGGUCCGAAGUGUAAGUAUGUGCCCACCAGGACCCCAUGCAUUCCUGCUUGUUAUACCUGUGGGCAUGUUCACCGAAACGGACCGGGCUCGUAUCGAGGAGAACUUGGUGCUGUUUGGGGAGGACAUAUGGAAGCACACCUUGGUGGUGUUCACCUGGGCGGAGGUUUUGAAGGACAGGUCCAUAGAAAGGCAUAUACGAAGGGAAGGUCGUGACCUUCAGUGGGUUGUGGACAAGUGUAAAAAAAGGUACCAUGUCAUCAAUAACUAUAUUUUUGGCGAGCACCCGCAGCUGCCCCAGCUAAUGGAGAAGAUCGAGAAGAUAGUUGCUGAAGAAGGUGGUUAUUUCACCCUUAAGACAGAUGAAAAUAAAACACAAUGUCAAGCUCUGAGUCCACUGCAGGAUGAGAAUCUGAAGACCAAUGCUGUGAAAGAGAACCGAGAGCUGGGUGCGAGACCCAAACAGAAUGGUUCCUGCAACUCACUACGCACCAAGGACGUCGACACUUCACAGAGUUUGGUUGAAGGAGUGAGAGACUAAUCAUGUACAGACUGUUCCAGUGCUGCUGUGUUUAUCUCAAUUCAUUUGAACUUAAUAGUGCCUAAAUUAUUGGUAAAAUUAUUUAUAUAUCCACAUAUCUUUGACUUCAGUCCACCAAUCCAAGCAGCUUCUAGUGGUAGGGUUUACAGUUGGGUUUACAGUAUCCCUGUAGGCUAAUAAUUCUUAACCUAAAAAAUUUAACAUAUUGUAACAUAACUAGGAAUUAAUCAUUCUAAGUUACAAUAGUGUUAGUAAAUCAGUAGAACAAUCUUAUAUACUAAUUGAAAGCAUUUGUAUGGAUGGUAUUUCAUACAAAUAGCAAUACUACUGUGUACUAGAAACACAGUGAGUCAAAAGGUUAGCUAAUCAGGAUUUACAUGGUAUUGAUGCAAUAUCUUGAGAAAAUUCUUGAGGUAAUGGAGUCAUCAGUUUUGAGAAAAACACUCCCCACUUAUUAGUUAUUUGCACUAAUAAAUUUAAAACAACAUGAUAGCCUGUAAAAAUGCCUAAACUAAUGCAAUAAUAACUGUUAGAGAUUCUGUAAGGGGGGACUUCACUAUGAAUUAAUUGACCCUUCGCUAAGCCCCGCCUGAACAGUGAUUCUGACCAAUCCUGUCUUAGCAAAUGUUGGUCUGCCGCCAUUACUCUGACACAGGUUUGCUUUUUUCCAAUGACAGUCUAUAAAAUUAAUGUGUGUUUGAGUACUUUUAAGUUUUUUUUUUAAUCAAAAUAACCCCAAAAUUUUAAACGCGUUGUUGCCGGGUCAUUUGUAAUAGUGGCACGAGUUACACACAAAUGCAUUUAUACAGUAAUAUAGAAAUAUUUAUUAAGCAUCAAUUAAUGCUCCUAAUUCUUGCUGUACAGGUUGUGUUUGUUAAGUAAUGUACAGUCAGCUGAUUGUUAUUGCAAAAUAAACCCUGAAAGGGUGAACAGGUCUUGUGUCACCCUAAAGGAGUUUAUUUUGCAUUAACUGGCUUACUACAUAUCCUGCUUUUUACAUGGUUACUAACCAAAUUAAUAAAUAAAUGGGCAUGAAAUAAUGGUAUGCAUUGAAAUAAUGUUAUUAUGUGAGAAGAGAGUAAUCGCUGAACAACUGAAUUCCACCUCUGGUUUACGUCAGAGUUGGUGUUUAUUUUGUGUAAUGACUGACUGCUCAUUAUCCAGCGAAUUACAAGACUACUUGCCAAAUAAAUAAAUAAAUGGACAUGAUAUGAGUUUAAAUUACUUUAUUAGCUUACUUGUAGAGAUUGCAGAGUGAUAUGGAAGUAGGAAUGAUGAUUCAGAUUUGCUCAGAUGCACGGUUGUUACUCAGAAGUAUCAGACCGCUAGAUGACACCAUUAAGCAAUCAGAAUCGAGUAUUCCAGAGACCCAUGUAAUAACAUAAGUUAACUACAUUCGUUAACAAGAGCCACAACAUUAAACAAUACUUUUACAGAAUUUAUUAGACUUAGUUACUGUUACUCAACAUAUACUUGUAUUUGUUUAGUUAAUGCAUUAUGAACUUCAGAAGCCCUGAACCGCACUGUGACAUUUUUUUAGCUGUCUUUUUGCCUUCCUGAGCCUAUAUCCUACAAUUGUUUUGUUUUUUCUUACAUUUUUGUUUUGCUCUACAAUUGUUUUUUUUUUUAGCUAACAACUAGCAUGCGGUACCAGCCUGGACCACCAGGUGCCACUAUAACUCAGAAUGAAAUCUUAGGUGACAGAUGACAGCUGUGAUACUUGAUCUGUUUAUUUUAUUGUUGUAAAAUACAAAAGGAAUGUAUUGCAAAUCUUAAUCAAGGAAAGAAACUUAAUGUUUUAGAGUCUACUAAUACAUGAGAUCCCCCUAUUAAAAGAAUAUACCUCAGGUUACAAUGUUUCAUAUGGCAUUUAUUGUGAAGUGUGACAAUGGGAGUUCUUUCUGGUUGUUUGAUGACCUUAACCACCAGGAAUAUCAAUGCUACUAUUGAUAUUGUGCUUCUUUUUAUUUGUUGGCCCAUGUAAACAUGCGCUACAUCUUUGACCGUUGCUACA